AGCUGGGCACCUCCUUAAACUCAGCCUUAAGGCCUCCCCACCCACACCCCCAACGACCUGCGACGCCCACCAUCGCUUGGACCCAUCUUUCGUUUACUGGCCUUUGACAUCCUCCAAAACGCGUUCACUUCCAUCUCUCUUCCAUCAACAUGGCGGACCAUCAGCCUCAGGUGUCGUCUAUUAAAUCGCGCAUUGCCGCCCUCAAUCUAGAGGAGGUUCACGCCCCGAAACCUGGCAUCAAACCCUCGUAUUCAUACGAGCAUGCAGCAGCAAAGAAGAAGCCACCACCACCUCCCCCAACCAACCGACCGUCUGUUCAGGGCCGACAGCAGACCGUAAACAAUCCUCCCAUCGUUAAUCACCUUUCCCCCGCUGGACGACCCAUUGGCAACCAGCCAGUCGAGCAUCAUGCCGACACCCCAAGGAUCUCGCCCGCGCUUCCGCCGCGCCCACCACCUCGCAACAAUCCACCUCCAAGCCUGCCCGAGCGCAAGAAUUCGGACCAGAUGCUCAAGCGCCGCGAUUCACUCGAGUCCAUUUCGACAAUUGCUUCUGGCACGUCGAGCCUGUCCCUUGGAUCGUCCAUGACGAGCGUCAGCGGAGGCUUCCGUGACGAGAUUUAUCGCGUCCGAGCCCCAGCGUACGACCCUUCCAAGUUGCCGCCCUUGCCGGCGAAGAAAGAGCCAGAUGAGCCCAAGCUCAGUGCUACACGAAGUGCGAUGAAGUCUAAAUCUACCCUUACGACUGCCAGCAGGGCUUUGCCUCCUCAACUGUCUCAAGCAAUUCCGCCACCCCCACCGGCUCGUUCGGCCACUCAACCACUGCGAACGACUCCACCACCCCUCCCCAAUAGGCCAACCCUUCCCCCUCGGGAUGCCCCGAAGAGUCAAGAAAACGUUGCGCCCCAGCCUCCAAAGCGAGCAAAUGUUGUGCGACCUUCAGCACUCUCGUGGGGUUUGAACAAGUCGACGGAGACCCCUCCACCUUUGCCAGCGAGCCGGCCAACAGAGAGUGCACCGCCCGUCGCAAAUGGCCCUCCCCCGAUUCCAAUGGGCUCCCGACCGAACCUUGCAGCAAUCAUGGCUUCCAAGCCAAAACCAUCAGCGCUUAACACGUGCCUCAGGUGCCGUGAUUUCUCAGGCCCAGAUAGCCAUGCCGCCAAGUUUCCACGACAGAACCUCCAGUCUUCGGACAUUGCCUGGCUUGCCCAUCAGUUGACCAGCCCAUUCCCAUCAGCUACCGACAAGGCCCGCGUUAUCUUUACAUGGCUCCAUCACAACAUUGAAUACGACGUCCAGGCGUUCUUUAACAACAAUGUCCAGCGACGCACGCCCGAAAAUACUUUGACUUCCGGUUUGGCAGUCUGCGAGGGUUAUGCUGGUCUUUUCGCCGCACUGGCCUUGAAGUCUGGACUGGAGGCAGUCGUGGUUGGUGGAAAUGGAAAGGGGUUCGGCCACUCACCACUGAAGCCUGGUGAGCCCGUUCCUAAGUUCUCAUGCGGACAUGCCUGGAACGCAGUUCGUAUUGAUAAUGGGGAAUGGAAACUCAUUGAUCCCUGCUGGGGUGCGGGUGUCGUGAACGGCCCCGGCCAACCAUACUCGAAGAGAUUCAACCCCGCCAUGUUCACCAUGGAUAACAAUGAGUUUGGCUGGAAGCAUUUCCCCGAAGACAGCAAGUACUUCUUCCGAACAGACGGCCGACCAACCAUCUCUUGGGAGGAGUACUGCCUCGACGACGUCCCCGAACGGUUGCAGGUCUAUGGCCCUGCCACGCCCGAGCACAAUAUCGGAGAGCGCUCGUUCCAACCUGAGAGAAAGCAAAUCAAAGUCCACGAUCCCCAGAACCCAACCGUGCGAUUUCAGUUCGCUACUGUGUGCCCGCACUGGGAUCACGAAAGAAACGGAAAGGGCAAGCCUUAUGUCAUGGUCUUGAACUACGGCGAAACAGAGUGGACAGCUUUCGAGACGGACGGCAGGGUCUGGUGGCUCGAUAUCAAGCGCUCUGAUCUCGGCGCGCCUGGCCAAAAGGUCAGUGUGUUCUCGGUCGACAAGAUCGAGGGCAAGGACGCGCGCGGUGUGAGUGUAGAUGAGUACAGACGAAAGAUUGGACGGGUCGGAAUGGGCCCGUUCGGAGGUGUGGCCAUGUGGGAGUUGGUCUGAUCAGUUUGCGGUGGAGCGUAUGGAUACCCUAGGAUUUUGCAUUUGGAUUCGGUCAUUUUCAUUCCCUCUAUUGAAUGUCCUCUCACUCGGCGCAUGGAGGACCCCACACAUUUCACAACAGUCAUGAAUUUCUUAUGUGCAUUUUCUUUGGUGCAUUUUCUGCCUUCAAUCAACGGGUGAAGGCGCAAGGGCUGCUAUAUAGAAGUAGUAGUAUUUGGCUACAAUAUAAGAAUAUUGAGCGGUAUCAGACUCUUGUUUCCAGUUGCAGGAUUCUGCA